AUGGUAACUGCAGCUGGAUUGUGUUUGUUCUCUCCAUCAGAUUCCUGUCAACUCACAAUCGACACAAACACAGUGAACACAAAGCUCCAACUGUCUGACAACAACAGGAAGGUGACACGUGUGGAGGAGGUUCAGUCAUAUCCUGAUCAUCCAGACAGAUUUGAUAUCCAUGAACAGCUGCUAUGUAGAAAUGAUCUGACUGGUCGCUGUUACUGGGAGGUCGAGUGGAAGGGACAUGUUUAUAUAUCAGUGAGUUACAGAAGAAUCAGCAGGAAAGGAGACAGUUAUGACUGUUUGUUUGGAUACAACAAGCAGUCCUGGAGUAUGUACUGCACUGAUGAUGGUCCUUGUUCUGUCUGGCACAAUAACAGAGACACGCCUAUCUCCUCCUCCUCCUCUUCCUCCUCCUCUUUCUCCUCCUCUGUCUCUAACAGAGCAGCAGUGUAUGUGGACUGUCCUGCUGGCACUCUGUCCUUCUACAGAGUCUCCUCUGACACUCUGAUCCACCUCCACACUAUCAACACCACAUUCACUGAACCUCUUUAUCCUGGGUUUAGAGUCAGGUUUCCUCAAUCCUCAGUGUCCCUGUGCUGAGUGUCAAGAGUGUCUCCUGUUAGAGAAACACUCUGACUGUUGAACAGUUCAGUCUGUACAUGUCUGUCUCUUUCACUCACAAACACGUUUUCACAUUCAUGGAUUCAAUCAGUUGAUGUUUGAAACUCUUCUAAAUGAUUCCUUGUAAACUUCUUCCUCUUCAGUCCUUUAAAGAUGGAAGCUCCCAUUAUUCCAGGAUCCACAUGUUGUUUUCUGUCUUUUUCCACUCAAAGCUUCACAGUGAAUAUCAGUAUGUUGUGUUUCUCUG